CCGCCCUCAAGUGAUGAAUCAUGGGCGCGGUGCUGAGCAAGGCACCGGCACGCGCUUGGGCGGCGCCUGCGGUGGCCACCAAGGGCGUAUUCGCGCCGUCUUCGCCCUCCAACUCGCGCGUGGUGGUGCCCGCCCCCACCGACGAGCAGCUGGACCUGGAGGAAGAGCUGCAGGCCAAGAAGAGGAAGAGGCCGCAGAGAAGCAGAAGGAGGCGGUGGCCCACGUCGUGGAGAACCUCUUCCCGUACGCGCCAGUGACGGUGCAGACGCAAAAGUAUCCGAGCUCCAGCCCCAAAGCUGGCCAGGCUUACCUCUGGAUCACUGUGGAUGAGGCAGAGAUCAAGCGAAGAGGAGGUGGAGCUAGUGCUGUCCGCUACCCUGUAGGAGUUGCAGUCGAUAGUGAUGGUAAUGUGUUCGUGUCGGAGGCUGGCAGCACGCCGAAGGCGAAUGCGAACGACUCCCAGAUCCCGUACAAGAUCUCAGCAGAAAACAUUAUGGACUUUGCUGCUAAUAAGAAGGCACCGCCUGUCUUGAAGCCGCCGAAGCUGGUGGAAGCACAGCAAACGGAGCUGGUGGUGAAAUGGAAAAAGUCGGUGGACUCGACGGUCGAUCGCUAUGAAGUGCAGUAUCGAAAAGCAGACAGCGUCAACAACGCGUGGGCAGGGCUUGCAGUAGUGACGGCCUGCAAACAUGUGAGCUUGAGCGGGAUUAAGUGCCACACACCCUUUGAGUUUCGAGUCCGCGCGCGAAACCCGGGUGGAUGGAAUGAGUAUAGUGAAGUAAGUGAGAUUUUCUGGACUUUACCAGGGCCUCCAGACCUCCCACGGCAGCCAAUUGCGGGCGCAGUUUCCAAUACGUACGCGAGCAUCUUCUGGUUCCCAGUCGAAGCCAAUGGAGCUCCGCCAGUCAUUUAUUCUCUUGAGAUGCGAGAAAGUGGUGUGGGCCAGCAGUCGUCGUUUGUUCAGGUUUAUGAAGGGCCCGGGACUGGAUUUGUAGUUGGAGAUCUCUCGCCCAAAACCGUGUACACUUUUCGUCUUCAAGCUUCAAACAUUGUCGGUGCUACUGGAUUUGUUGAAAGUAAAUCAGUAAAAACUAUGGCGUACGGGAAACUCGAAAUCGUGGAACUGACGAGUGCCGAGAAGACUGCAGCGUACGAUCGAUGGGUGCAGUGCUGGGACCCAAAGACAGAGCAAGUGUUUUACUUUAACAAGUUCACAAGCCAGCGGGUUGUCGAAGAGCCUCCAGAACUCGCUGUUGUUCGAGAAGAAAAAGGUCUGGUAAAUGUUGAGGAAACCCCUGAAAUGGUUUUCAGACGAAAACGCUUUCGAUUUCAUCGUGAUCUGCGUCAAAGCAUGCAUGGACUCAAUUUUGGCAGCACACUCAAGAUUGAGCUUCAGCGAGAAUCAAUGUUUGAGGGGACAAUGAAGUACUUCCAACCAUUGAAGCAAGCAGACUUAGUUGCCAAGCCAAAGAUUUCGUUUGAAAACGAACUAGGAAUCGACUCAGGCGGGCUCUCGAAAGAUUGGUUUCUGCAAGUAUCGAAGCUUGCCACUGACAAAAGUCGAAGGCUGUUUAAGCUCUGUGACGAGGGAUUAUUUGCCGUCGAUCUCGCGUCGUCACAAGUACCUAACUCCGCACAGCAGUACAAAUUCCUCGGCAAGUUCAUCGCGAAGGCGAUAUUUGACAGGCAGACGCUGGAUCUACCCUUGUGUGACGUAGUUUACAAGCGUUUACUGCAAUUGCCUACAGGUAUGGAUGAUCUCCAUCAAAUGGACUCGCAGUAUCAUAAGUCGCUCGUGUGGAUACUCGAGAACGACAUUGCAGAUGUGAUUGAUGAAACGUUUAGCGUGGAGAUGGAGGGUGCUGGGAAGAAACCCGUGGUCGUGGAUCUGAAAGAGAACGGCAGGGAUAUCCCUGUUACUGACGUCAAUAAGAAGGAGUACGUGGAUCUAGUGGUUCAAUGGCGUACCCAGUUCGGUGCUCAAGCUCAAAUGGACGCUUUGAUUCAGGGCUUCACAACGCUGAUCCCCCUAUCUGCAAUUAAAGUGUUUGACAUGGCGGAGUUGAGAAUGCUAGUGAAUGGUAAGCCCACUAUUGACGUGGAAGAGCUCCGGUCGUGCACCGUCUUUCAGGGUGGCUACGACGAACACGCACAAGUUGUGCUGUGGUUGUGGCAGGCUUUACGUGAGUUCCCCAUUGAACUUCGAGGUCAGUUUCUGAAGUUUAUGACCGGAACAAACAAGAUCCCGCUCGACGGCUUUGAACCUCCGCUAAACCUGACGAAGUCAGAUCUUGACCCGCAAGCACUGCCACGAACUCAUACCUGUUUCAACCAGCUAGUGCUUCCCGAGUACACCAGCUAUGAAACUCUCGUCGAGAAAGUGACGUUUGCGAUUACAAAUGCGGAGGGUUUCGAGCUCUCCUAACAGUAAACGUUGAUGAUGAGCAAAGGAACGCAAAAGAUUGUCGAUUAUGGUUCUACAUCUGCAACGGUUCGGUCCAUGUUGCUCAGCUGAAGUCGAUUCCCUGGGCAAGAGGAAGCUCCUUGCUGUAGUUGAUCGUGCACGUCGAUCGGCGCAUGUACUGCUUCCAAGCAUCGCUACCCGAUUCGCGGCCGCCGCCGGUUUCCUUUUCGCCGCCGAAGGCGCCGCCGAUCUCGGCUCCGCUGGGUCCGAUGUUGAUGUUCACAAUGCCACAGUCCGAUCCCAACGGACCCGUCCACUUGAAGAUAGCGGCUUGGUUCUUCGUGAACAGAGACGACGACAGACCUUGGGGAACAGCAUUGUUCUUCUCAAUCGCCUCCUCCAGAGUCUUGAACUUCAGCGCGUACAGGAUCGGCGCAAAGAUCUCUUUCUGUUCACGUGUAGCACAAUGCAACGUUUCACACAGUCAGCCGGUGAUUCACAUCCAACUCGAUCACGAUAGCCAAGACAAUCGUACCUGAACAAUCUCAGCAUCAUGAGCGAUGGAAACGAUUGUCGGCUCCACGAAGUG